GCAUUCAUUGAGAUCUCUCUGGACAUUGAAAAAUUAGAGUCUAUUUAAGUGCCAUUGCAGCCUUGAAGAUUUCGUUAGGUCAUAAACAUGGUUUUCUCAAAAGAAAUUCAGAUGUUUGGUUUGAUCUUGUUUUUCUUCUUCUGGGUUCUUGGAGUUAGUACUAAUGGUGCAGGAGGAAUAACAUCUGCGUUGGAGAAAUGCAAUUUCCCUUCGGUUUUCAAUUUUGGAGACUCAAACUCGGAUACCGGAGGUAAGUCAGCUGCAUUUUGGCCAGUUGGUUCGCCUAAUGGAGAAACUUUCUUUGGAAAACCAUCUGGUAGAGCCUGUGAUGGUCGUCUUGUAGUGGAUUUUAUGGCCAAGGAGUUGGGUUUAGCCUCCUACUUAAGACCAUAUCUUGACUCACUUAGCUUGGAUAGUUUCAAAAAUGGAGCAAAUUUUGCAACAGGAGGAUCAUCAAUUAAAGAAGGAGGUUAUAGCCCCUUCCAUCUAGACGUUCAGAUUGCACAGUUCCGACAAUUUAAAGCUCGAGUGAUCGACAUUGAUAACUCUACCCAACAGGAAAAAGGUAAAGCCGAUUUGCCGAAACCAGAAGAUUUCUCCAAGGCUUUAUACACAUUCGACAUCGGACAAAACGAUCUUGCAUUUGGUUUGGGAAAUUCAUCAGAAAGCGAAACUCGUGCUUCAAUACCUAGUAUCCUUGAUCUAUUUUCCACAGCAGUACAGCAACUUUACAUUGAAGGUGCAAGGGUGUUUUGGGUGCAUAACACCGGACCUUUUGGAUGUUUACCUAACAGCAACAGUUGGUACGCUAAGCAACCAGGUCUUUUGGACAAGAAUGGCUGUGUGAUACCUUUGAAUGAGUUAGCUCAAGAAUUCAAUAUGCAACUCAAGUCCAAGUUAACCCAACUCAAGGCCAACCUCGCCGGUGCAGCCUUCACAUAUGUUGAUGCUUAUACAGCUAAAUACAACCUUAUCAACACUGCCAAGGCUCAAGGUUUUGUUGACCCCCUAGACUUUUGCAGUCAUGUAAAGGUAGUUGUAAACGGGACGGUGCAUGGCGGCCCUUGUGCAGAUCCGAUGAAACAUAUUAGCUGGGAUGGUACACAUUAUACGGAGGCAGCUAAUGAAUGGGUUUCUAAGUUCAUUUUAAAUGGUUCUAUGUCAGACCCCCUGAUUCCGAUCAAUCAAGCUUGCCAUGCUUAGUUAUGUAUAAUUAGUAUAUAUCCGUGCUUAAUGAUGAAGUAAUUUCUAAAUGCUUAAUUGGGAUCACCAUCUGCAGUAAUACCAUUAUACCAUGGUGUUGUCAUCCUGUUGUUAUUAUAUCCUAAUUAAAAUAAAGAGUAAAAAAGCUACACUUUCAUUGCUAUUCA